CAUGCGUGUAGUGAACGCGCGGGAGAAAUAGACAAUCCAAACAACGUAGUAAUGAUAUUAGUUUAUUUCACAUUCUGAACUGCUUUGGUUUUACAUAUUAUCACACCAUAGAAAUUGAAAAAGUUGUCAAAAUACAAGGUGUUACUGAUUCUGCACUGACAGCAUGGCCGAUGACUUCAGUGAGUCCCUUACUCCACCAGUUUCCCCCUUUGCAGCAGACAGUCAGUCUGUUCUGGCUCCAACCCGACCACCAUGCUUCUGCUGCUCUGAAGUAAGAGAUGACCCCACUGGAGCACUGUCUACACAGGGAUAUACUGCAAGAGGCUCUCUGAAAAGGCUGCUGCUGCAUCUUGACCCAGCCCCUGCUGAGUAUGAGACAGACACAGUGGAUAUCUUUGGUUUUUCCUGGGUAACAGAGACAGCAUUGGUAGAAUCUACAAAGUUACUCUUUGGUCUUUUCAGGCAACAGUUUUACAAGUUGGAGACUUUAGUACAGUCCAACUCACAUGACUUUGGACAGGCAGGCCAUCUACACUAUGAAGCAGAAGACCUUCGACAGCACUGUGUUUCAUUUCUUCAGUAUGUUAAAGUCUUCUUGCACAGAUAUCUCAAGCCUUACGGGGCCCUGGAUGCCAGUCGCUCACAUCCCUUUGAGGAGAUGGAACAUCAGCUCCCUUCGGUUCUUCUGGAGGAGCUGUUUAGCAUCACUCUCCUCGUAGGACGGCUCAAGGAUCUGCCCCCUGCUGUUCAAAGUGCUUUCAGUAUACAGAACCAGGGAAAGAUUUUUCCUCCCUCCUGGCAUUUGUUGCACCUCCAUCUUGACAUACACUGGUCAGUCUUGGAGAUCCUGCACAUACUUGGUCACAAGAUGCAAGGCCAGGUGGUGUAUGCCCACCAGUUUGUAAACCUGACGGGGGAGAACCUGACUGAUACCAGUCUGUUUGAGGAGCACCUGUGCAGUUUGCUUUGUGACCUUACUAGUCUGGCUAUGGGCAAAUACAGCAAGGUGAGACCCACAGAGGCAGUGAGCAGCCGUCACUACCUGUGCACCUGCACCAAAGAGCUCUGGAUCCUGCUCAUGUACCUUCUGGAAAACAGAAAAAAGGGGCUGCACACACAGUCUUUCUGGAGCUACAUGAACUCAUUGCUGAGGCCCCUGGUUUCAGGGAAGCCUGCAGCAGAGCGUUUUAGUGGCCUUCCCACACUCUGUAAAGACCCGCUGGGCUUCACAUGGUGGCUGGUCACUCAUUUGGCGAUGUUAGGCCAGUACAGUCGGAACGGCACAGUUCAGAACGAGAAACAGCAGGAUGAUAACUGGGCAUUUGUAGAAGAGUUACUGAAGUUAACUUGUAACCCUAAGAGUGGUUUAGCAGAAGAGCAGGUCAGGAUGCACGUCCACUGUUGUCUCAGUCUGUGUCUGCUGUGGGAACCGAGCACCGCUGCUGUCUCCAUCCUCUGGGACUAUUUCAGUAAGAACCUGAAUGCUUCAUUCACCGUGCCGUGGUUGGGGAUGUCUGGCUUGGCCACAUUGAGCAAGACGCCUCUGGCUCUGUUGGAGCAGGCCCGCAGCUGCUGCUCUCCCUCUCCCCUCCACUCUCCGGGUCACACCCAGCUCUAUCGCUCUGCCAACUCCUUCCACAUCUUCCUUCGAGUGCUGGCGCUGUGCCUCGCCCAGGACAGGGCCGGUGGAGUCUCCCAGAGGCAGAUCAAGGGGAGGAUUUACUCUCGGUUCUCGUCUAAGAAGAUGCAGCAGCUGUCAGAAGCAGGUCUCAUGAACUUUCUGCUGCUGUUUCUGGUGGUGGCUCAAGAGGUAGAGCUGGAGGACGUGGCCAGCAGAGCCUGUGAGCUGCUUGGCUUUCUGCCCUCUAACUGCCCCCCUGCAUAUCGCACACUAGUCUGGAGAGGACAGUUAUCAUUGCUGCUGCUGUUCCAGAACAGGGGUCUGGAUGUCGGGGCCCAGGCCAGCUGGCUGGCUGCCUCCUUUAACGAUACAGCGAAGGAGUUCUACAAUAAGACCACAGAGAUGUCUCGCAGAAUUGCCCUCUGGGGGCCGCUCGGUUCCUACUUGGAGGGCGUUGCCGAGGUGUUCGAGACGAGCCCCAGUCUCAGCCUAUCAGAGGAAAAGCUGCUCAACGAAGGGUUUGAUUGGCUGCUACCUGCUUGCCGCCAGUCUGAGCUGAACUCUGCUCUGGGUUUUCUGCAGAUCAUCCUUGCACAGCUCAGACGGGUCCAUCAGCUUAGCGUUCCUGUCCAGUCAGCGCCCACCUUGGCCUGGGCACCAGCUGCCAGCAGUGUGAUUAAAGAGCGCCACCUGGCGGUAGCCUCUGCUCUGUGGGGGCACUUCUACCCUUUCCUGCGAAGCCUGCGCCUCUCGCAGACCCCUCCGCCACAGCUGGCAGAUGCUGCUGCAGGUUUCACUUUGCUGGCCUUUGAUCUACCCAAUUCUGCCCCUCAAGACCUUCAGCCCAAUCCGGUGCACUCCAUCAUGCAAUGCUUUGGCUGGGAUGACAUGGUUCACCCACUUCUGGUGACUCGCUACCUUCCGCAUCUUCUCCAAAACAGUGAGCUGGUGUCCUCGUUAAGCGGCGGUUCUAAUGUUUCCAUCUCCGGUUCGGCUCAAAGCCUGUCAGUAAGAACCUGGUUCAGAUGUGUUCUACAGCAACACCUUCACAAGAACCCAGACGGGACCGACAGCAGAACAGGCCGAGCUGUUGGGGAGCAGAUGUGUGAACUGACCCGGCUUGUGCUAAGACUUCCCGAGAUGGACAAUCUUCUGCAGAAAGCCGGAUUCCAUCCCACAGCCAACAAGCUAGAGCCCAAUUCAGCCCUGGAGAUGUUUGUCAAGGCUGUAGGUAGCGUGUACAGUGGACUGCAGCUCCUGUCUGAGAGGUCAACCAUGGUAACCAGAGCCCUCGACUACAUUGGUGACAUCCUGAAAUACAUUAAACCUUAUGUGGUUAGCAAGAACCAAGAGGGAAUACAGUUGGCGUACUGGACUGUGGGCUGCAUAGUGAAGCACUGGAGCCCCCUGCUGGCCACUUCCAAAGCUCAGCAGCUGUUGUUCCGGAUUGUAGAUGGACUCCUGCUUCCCCACCACCUUCCACAGCAGGACAAAGCUCUGAGGGACAGCCUGCCUCUGUAUCUACAGGGUCUGUCAGUGGCUUCUAGUGUCUCUCAGUUGCAGGGAGCUUACCUCAGGCAGCAGCUUCGCUCUGUAACCCGCAGAUAUCUGGAUCACUUUCUCCCCGCCUCACCUUCCAUGGGCAUCAUCGCCAACCACCCGGUGCUUCUGGGUGCCUGCGAGGCCAACCCAACCCUGCGGGGAGCCGCUUUGAGGAGGACCAUCCUAGAGGUGCUUUGUGAGAACUUCCUGCAGUUCAAAGGUCACACCCCCCCUCCUCGCCUCGCAUCAGUCCUCAUGUUCCUGUUGGAGCUUCUGAGACGUAACGGCGACGCAGACGUCACCGUCCUCACCCUGCCCCUCCCUUCUCUGCUGCGCUGUCUGAUGCUGGUCAAUGAGCUGCAGGUGAGGAAGGUAAGCACAGAUGCAUUACAGCUUGUGGUGGAGCGAUGUGCUGCUGCAUCCAGAGAAGGAGCAUGCGAGCAGAUGAUCACUGUCUUACGGACGUUUGUGGAGGAGAACGAGGGCGUCUACGACAGACAGGUCUACGGUGUCCUGGAGACCGUAGCUGUCUUGGAUCCCACUGUGGUUCAAGCUCUAAUCCCCAGCUUGACUCUCAGUCUGAGAAACUCUGAACACAAAAGAGGACUGGGCAAGAACAUCGCCUUGAGGAGUGCAUAUAUGAAGCUGCUGUGUCUCCUUGGAGAGAGUGGGCAGGCUGAAAUAACCAGCCUGGAAAGCGACUGAAAGAAGGCCAACUCCGAGACAACCUCCAAGAAUCAGUUGCAUGAUAUUUUUUGCUAAUCUUGGAUCUUGGAAAAUGUGCGAAUGAUAUAACCUCAAUUACAUCUGGAAACAUUUAAUAAGUUGGAAUUAUCAGUUUGAACAUUCUCAAUGCACAAGCCUUAAUAUCACAUUUGUAUAUAAUGUACAUAUUGUAAAGAAGGUGCAGGAUGUAUUAUUAGUG